GAUUUAUUUCCGGGGAAUUGGCUCUGCAGUGUCACGGUGAAAAGGCCUUUUGUAAAUAACAACCAUGCGGGGCGGCCUAAAUGCAUACUGAACAGUGAAUGAACUUUCCCAUGAAAAGAGUUUGUUUGUAUAGUGUUUGCCAUUCGGAUUUGUAUUUCCUUCCUCCAUGAUUAGGCUAGCUACUGAAACACUCGGUCAAGGAAGUGAUGUUAAAAAAAGGGUUGAGUAUAUAAGGGCUAUUCUUGCUGCCUAUAAUGACAGUGAACAGUGGAUAUUUUUUUUGGCAAAUUGUCACUAGAAAAACCACCUGUAGUUUUCAGGUAUAAGUUCAGUCGGUCCAAGGUCUAAAGUCCACAGCGACCGGCAAAGGUAGGUCCAUCUCACGAGAGAUUUGAUCGUAAAGUUUGGCCGACCAGGACGGAACGACAACAUGGCUAAGCGGGAGCUUUUCGACUUUUUGAAACUUCAGGACGAGUUCCGAGCGGCAAAGACGCCUGAAAAUGAAAUCUUGCUGGAGGAGUACGCGACAGCGUUUAUAGACAUUGCAGGCUUCUUCGAUCUACUGGGGACCGCCUUCGGUUUCGUGGCCAAGGACCUUCGCGCGAUGGUCAAGAUCCUACGGGCGCACCGGGCCGAGGACCCCGAGCACUACGCCACGCUGCAGUCCAUGGUCGCGCACGAGGUGAGCGCGGGCCUGACCCGGGCCAAGCCCUCCAAGUCCGGCCUGGUGAACGGCUCCCGCACGGUGCUCCGCAUGCACCGUACCUUGAACUUCGUGACGCGCUUCCUGGACCGGAUCAAGUCGAUGCCUGACGAGGGGUACACCAGCACGGCGGCCAGCGAGGAGUACAAGGCGACCCUGGCCCGCCACGAGCCCUGGCUGGUGCAGAAGGUAGCCCUCCUGGCCAUCAAGACCCUGCCCAUUCGGAAGGUCUUCCUGGAGAGGAACGUCAAGCAACCCAAAGAGGAGUUGGAAGCCAUGGCCGACACGGCUAUCGGACUGAUGAGAGAGGUCGUGGACAUUACGCAGACGCUGUUCGAGAAAAACGACUUACUGGACCUACCCUAGUCAGAUUCGCGACUCCCUGACUGGUCUUGUGAAGUUGUUUCUAAACUUUUAAACUUUAAAUUAAAAGCACAUUUUUAUAAAAUAUUUCUUGAACUUAUUCAUCGCACCUCAGCAAACCCUGCUUGUACGGUUUUUAAGCGAUUUUAUACAUUUCUGUGAUUAUUGUACUGUUAGUAUAAUACUAUUCAAAAAUGUGCUUUCCAAAUAUAAAUGCAUAACAGUGAUUUUGUAUAAUUACAAAACAGUUUUUAAUUUAGAAUUCACAUUUUAAAAAUACAUUUUGAUGUACAACAAAAGGAAUUAGAAAAGCUGAUGUUUACGAACAAACUUUUGGGAGAGGACUUUGAUACCAUGCUUUGAACGUACGCACAAAGUUUUUUAAAAAGUUGGAUUUUUACAAAGUGCAACCAUUCAUUGUGAUGAUGUUGACAUUUUGACAAGAUUGUUAAUUAUCAACAAUCAGGUUAACGUCCACAAAUCAAGACAGAGAACGCACAGAGGAGUUAUCUAUUUAAGGUCAAUCUGUGAGCAUAAAACGAUAGCGUGGUUCAUACCGACUCACGGCCAUAAGAUCCAAAACAGUAUAGAAACGGGCGGGAAGCCGCGAACCCGAUUGUGCCAGACUUAACGCACAUUGGUUACUAGUUAAACCUCCGUAGCUAGGUUACACUCUUAUGGGACUUUUUCGAAAACACGGCUUCGGUACAUCCCUGGCUCUGAGGCCUUCAUUCCGUUUCCAAAUCAAAUGGAAGUGAUCCGAACUUUGGCUUACAGCUGAUAAUGUAUUUGAUGUUCCUGAAAUAGAGUUUUCGAAGUCAAGGGACCAAAACAAAGUUCCUCAACCGAAGCUGGAGACGAACUCGAGGUUUGGAAAUCGCCCUUUAAAAAUAUGUUGUUAUAAAAGUGAAUGCCAACGUUAAUUUAAUAGCGUGAUUCGAUCCGUUUUCAGGAAAACUGCUUUUGUCUACAAAAGCGCUUGAUCUCUCGCAGAGGCUAAUAAAGACACAUCUACACAAAUAGACCAACCAGCAACCCCGUUUUACAACUGCAUGGCGAAACUUUUAUUUUUUUAUAAUUAUGCAAAAAUGUUCACAGCCUGACUGACAAAAAAGGUCACCUAACAUGAAUAUUCAUCGACUAAGCCACACGAUGAAUAUUCAUCACUGUAAAGUUUCAAUCAACCUCAUGAAUCUCUUAAAUAUGCGCAUACAUUUACACGUUUCUCUUCAUAAUACAAUAAUUAACGGCUUUCUACACGUGACCUUUAUGCUAAUUAACUUGUUUUUAACUGUGCAGAGGUCACUGGAAGAACAGGUUUUUUUUGGAACAGCAAAAUGUUCUUAAAAACUAUUUUUUAUUUUUAAAUACAAUUUCUAUAAUUUUAAGGCCAUGUUAAUAGUAUCCAAACAAAUUUUUUUUACAGAAAGAGAGAAAACCUUAAAAAGCAAAAGUACCAAGACAUUGAGUGUUAUGUCAUUUACAGAAAUUAUUAAAUUAAACUGGGAAGAAAGCUUGUGAUGUAUUUUACAUCAGCUGGUCAACAAAAUCGUUCUGCUCAACGAAACAUAUU